CUGAACAACAACAAAACAACAGCUUCAAUGGUUCCCACGACCCCUGUUCGCUAGAGCACCUUUUGCUUGCAUGUCCUCGACUAGCUCCUGCAAGAAAAAAUCUGAUGAGCUGCCUUAAACAGCUCCAUCUCAACUCCUCUAUCAAUCUGUCUACAAUCCUCUUAACAAAUAAUAGACAAAUCUAUUUUGCAUUGCAUGCCCUGUUUCAGGUCAUCUUUCCUAAAUGUAAAUACAACUAGUAAAAAUUAAACCAACAUAAAUAAGACCUGGCUAAAUGGUAUUAACUAUAGCCAAUUAAAUCAAAAUACAACAACAACAACAAGCUUCAAUGGUUGCUGACCAGUUACGGUUCUCGACCAAAUCUUUAUCUUUAUCGUUGAUUACGUUGGUACACAUGGCCAAGAACUGUAGUCACUGUACUGACGCGAUUUCUGAUCAAAACAAACUUGGGAUCCCACGUGUGUUGGAGAAAUAGCUUCUUAAAAAGGCGUCGUCCGCUUUUGUUUCUGAUUCAACGCUUGCAAGCGCAGCUUCGAAAUGGUGAGGAAGUCCCUGACGCCGUUUCCAAAGUCUGAGAAAAUCAUGGGCGUCAAAAAGGAAAACACGCCUAAAUCUGGCUUGAAGUCCAAGGCCCUGGUCGAGACUUCGCCUGUGUCAGCGUCUCCUCUUUCUCUCAAAAAGAAGAAAAAGGCGAGCAUGUCCGGCUCGUUUGAAGUGUCCGAGGUGGCCGACGUGAAGUUGCCGGAAAUCCCUGAAACUACGACCCCAGUUAGUGGAAAGAAAAAGAGGAAGGCGCUGUUGAAUGUUCAGCCGGAAUCUGAAGAAUCGACCCCUGCCAAGGUGAAGUCUGAGAAGAAAAAGAAAUCUUUGGGUCUUGUCAAAACGGCAGAAAUCAUAAAAGAAGAGGUUGUGCUUUCGGGAAAGAAAUCGAUGAAAAAGAAAUCCAUCGUGCCAGAGAGUGCCGAAAGCACCACUGAAGACGGACAGAAGAGUUUGUCUGCUAAAAAGAAGAAAAAACUUUCUCUUGAAAGUACCGAGCAACUUCAAAGUCCGGUCUCAAAAGCACUAAAGAAAAAGGGCCAGGAAUCAAAAGUUGCCGAGGACUCUCUUGAUGUUUCCGUCCAGUCACCGGAGAAGAAGAAAAGAAAGAGGAAGAAAUCGAAAGGUCCUGCUGGAGAGCCGGGUUCUGCUGUGAAGAAACCAAAAGUGGACGGAGAAGAAUCAAAUGUUGAGGAGGAAACUGGAAAAUCUCCCAAGAACGAACAGACGCCCAAGAAGAAAAAUGAAAACCAGAAAUAUACUUUAUUUGUUGGCAACCUCCCCUACGACGUUACUGAAGAAAACAUCAGGGAACAUUUUGGAAAACACGGAAUCAACAUAACCAGAGUGAAACUCCCAAGAGACAAACAAACGCAAUUGAUCAGAGGAUUUGCUUAUGUUGAUAUUCCAGACAAUGAUCAAUAUGUUAGAGCUUUGAAGAUGGAUGCGUCCUUCUUGAGCAAGCGGCGUAUCAGGGUGCAGUUUACGUUGCCAGGCAAAAAGUCGCAACACGGCAGGAUGAAGGUGAUCGUGGCCAAAAACCUGAAGUUGCAUGCAAUGAAGAAAAAGGGCAUUUUGUUGGCUUAGAAAUUUAUAUAAUUGCAAAAUAUUAUGAUCGAAGGCUAAUUUGAGGAAUAAACAUUUAAGGAUGGAUAUUAUUUCACUAGUUUUUGUCGACAUUCAUAUAACUAAAGCACUAAUAAGAUCACACAAAAA